UGGGAUUUUCAGUACGCGCGCGAUCGCCGUGCCGAAAACACGGCCGCAGCGUGUCGUGCAUCCCCUCGGCUGGAUGGGCACUCCGUUCUCUCCGUGACGAUCUCGAACUUGUUGAUGUAUCUCGCGGUUCAGUCUUGAAACAUACGAGACAAACCUAACGAGAUUGAUAUCAACGGUGAUAUGCAUGGAAAUUUUGAUGGUUCGUGGAGUGUGUGAAUUUGAACGAAGAAGUACCAGACUGUGAUAAACGAUUGGCAAAUAAAAUCGACACAUUGAAACGUAUGUAGAUAAGUUACGAUAAUACGAACCAAUCGACAAAUGUAGAAUUAAAGUUGACGAAAAAAGGAAAUUCGGGGCUUGUGAGCAAAACGAUCGGUGAAAAAUGUCAAUCGUACGUUUCAAUGAUGUUGCACCUAUGGUUCUAUUGAAAAUUCGUUGCUUCAAAUUUGUAACGUCCUAACAAAUCCGAUAGUUAACUAUAAACGCGGUAGAGCAUUCGAACGUAAUUGUCGAUCGAAGUUGGAAACUGUUCGCGGGUGGCGGAAGAUUUCUCGAAGAUUAGUUGACUGACUGUUUCUCGUUUCGACCUAUCUAUCUAACAUGUUCGGGUGUACAUAUAAAGAAUCAGAGACUUGGAGAGAGACUGGUAACGCGGUGGAACAGAGGAGCGUAAAUUAGGUGUACCAACUUGAAGAGAAGCUUUCAAGUAACGGUUCACUUUUUUCUUCGGAUCCGGGGUAAUGCUUGCAAAACAGAAGCCACUUUAAGACAGCAGGGUGAUAAUCGAGAAUGGGGGCCGCAUGAUGCACGGAAAUGUGCAAAUUGCUGAGCGGAAGUCAUCGUCAAUGGACCGGGGGUAAAGCGCCAUGGCGAAUCAAACGGCCAAUUACUAUGGGGACGUUUAUCAAUGGAACCACACGGUGUCGACGGUCGACCGAGAUACGCAAUCGGAAUACUACCUACCGAAUUGGACGGAUCUCGUUUUGGCGGGGCUGUUCAUCAUGUUGAUCAUCGUCACUAUAGUGGGCAACACUCUAGUAAUUGCCGCUGUGAUAACAACUAGGCGUUUACGGUCUGUUACUAAUUGUUUCGUGUCCAGCCUGGCGGCUGCGGAUUUGCUGGUUGGCUUGGCUGUGAUGCCACCGGCGGUAUUGUUGCAGCUCACAGGUGGUACCUGGCAAUUGGGCGAGGUGCUCUGCGACUCAUGGGUGUCCCUCGAUAUUCUUCUCUGUACUGCCAGCAUCCUAUCGUUAUGCGCCAUAUCCAUAGACAGGUACCUAGCCGUAACUCAACCGCUGAUAUACAGCCGACGACGACGAAGCAAGAGAUUGGCUGGAUUGAUGAUUGUCGCAGUAUGGGUGCUAGCUGGCGCUAUCACCAGUCCACCUCUGCUGGGAUGCUUUCCACGUGCGACGAAUCGUGACACUAAAAAAUGCUCGUACAACAUGGACUCUUCAUACGUGAUAUUUUCCGCGAUGGGUUCUUUUUUCCUACCGAUGUUGGUAAUGCUUUACGUAUACGGCAGAAUAUCCUGCGUGAUUGCCAGCCGACACAGAAAUCUCGAAGCCACCGAGAGCGAAAACAUUCGACCACGUCGCAACGUUUUGAUCGAGCGUGCAAAGAGCAUCAGAGUACGAAGAACAGAAUGCGUAACCAGUAGCGUGACAUGCGACAGGGCAUCCGACGAAGCGGAACCUCCUAGCACGAGCAAAAGGUCUGGGAUUGUCCGCAGCCAUCAGCAGAGUUGCAUCAACAGAGUUGCACGAGAGACAAAAACCGCUGCCACUUUAGCAGUGGUCGUAGGUGGAUUCGUCGCCUGUUGGUUACCAUUCUUCAUCCUCUACUUGGCCACUCCUUUCGUGCCUAUGGAACCACCAGAUAUUCUGAUGCCUGCGCUAACUUGGCUAGGCUGGAUUAAUUCGGCUAUAAAUCCAUUCAUCUAUGCCUUCUACUCGGCCGACUUCAGGCUUGCAUUCUGGCGAUUGACUUGCCGAAAAUGCUUCAAAACUAGAACUAAUUUGGAUCGCAGCAAUCGGAAAUUACCAGCUCCGACUAAUUGGAAGAAGGACAACAUGGAGGACGUGAAAAUCGGGGAAUGAACGUUGGAACGAAUAUCUUUCGAUCGUGAUCGUAAAGAGGAUCACUGUGAUUUAUUUAAUAGCGCUAAUUACAUCGGUCACAUUCAUGUAAUUUAUACGAAACGUGCAAUCUCGCGAACGUCACUGAAUUUUUUCAUAAUUUAAUGACAGUCAAAUGAUAUGUAUAAUAUGCGAAUAUUUGUAUUAUUCGGAAGAUAUUACACACAUUCACCGCCCAUUACAGGUAUAGAGAUAUACGUUUACAGUUAUCAGACAUUUUUAUAUAUAAUAGGAAUUCUAGUCAAAUAUAAUGUAGAUCAAGGAAAGAAUUAUAAUUAAUUUGAAUUUUUUCUCCAUAGUACAACGCAAGAAAAGAAAAAAUUACUAUUUUAAUACUGAAAUCCCGACUUAUCCGAAUAAUACACUUAUUCGCACAUCUCAAGCAUUGUAAUCGGACAAUCGCGCAUACCACACGCACAAUGACUGCACAAUUCAUAUAUUCGUUCGACUAACAUAGCGAACAAAAGAGAAGUAAGGAUAUUUAUUUAGCAAAAUAGUGGCAACAUAUCUGUUGCAUUCGGUUGUAUCGAUAUCAACAUGUAUACAUGAACAUUAUUCGCGCGGAUCCACUUCGUAGAAACCCAACAACAAUAAAUAAUAAUCGAUCGUAGGAAAUAGUCUUCCUUUUGUCAUUAAAGUAUCCUGUCUGUAUUUAUCGACGCAUAGAUAUCUGUUGAUGUAGAAAGUAUGCAAGUAUACGGAUUUUAUAACGUCCCAUUGGUGUAUUUCAUUUAAAAUGCCUACGCCCUUCUAUCUGCUUCUUUGCGCUCAGGUGUUAAUUACGCAAUACCGGCCUUGUACACUGGUAUCGCAGCAAAUUAACACAAUGAGAAAUUAAUUAGCUGCCUCGGUACAAAAGCUGUUUGUUCUCAGCCUAGCACAGUGGUGCGUUCUACCGCGCACGACACAAAAGGAGACAUUAUGAGGGAGUAAAAAUUUUAAUACGCGAUGAAAGUAGGUGGCAAUUAUUACUCCAGUAAGUCGAGAUUAUUAACACAAGAAGGAAUUAUAUUAAUUAGCAUCUCAUAGAAAAUUAACUUUCGUAAAUAGUAAAUAUGAUCAAAUUGUAUAAACAAACAUAAUAUGAUUUUUUGAACUCUUUUGAUGUGACUUUUAAACCUUGGAACUGUAUUUCAAUCUUAUUUUUAUUAUUAUAGAAAGAAAAAGAUGACGUGUUUAUAAAAUUCGAUUAUUGCAUAAGUAAUAGAAUUUCAUUCCAUAAGAAUUAUCCCAGCUCAGAACAUCUAACAAUUAAUGUUAAUUAUAUGUAUACUUAUAUAAAGCCUAGAACGCAAUUCAAAGUUCAAAACUCUACUGAGAAAAAGUACCUAAUUAAAACUAGAUGAUUUUAGAAUGCACACAAUCUCUUUAUUUUUAUCUUAUUACUGAAUCGUAUUUAGAAGGACUUAAGUACUAUCUAUGAAAGAAACAUUCAAGAGUCACCUUCCUGAUACAAUAAAUCUGUAAGUCAAUAUGUGCAAUAAGAAGUUAUUCGAAUAUGUAAACUUAUAUACUUUUUAUAAAGACAUUUUCGAAGUAAUAGUUUAGAAAUUUUGUUACCAUGCUUUUAAGUUUCAUACACAUCACGAUUUCCAUUUAACAUUCACGUUCAAUCCAAUAAACAAAUUGAAUUCUAAUGGAAUUAAAAACGCGUAAGUGCAUGAUAAAAUCUGCGGUGAGGUUUUACAUUUUCUACUUAGCCACUGAAUAAUAUUAAUGCAAAAUUGCAACUCCAUUGUCGUAAUAUGGUAAGAAUUUUCUGUAUUAUCAACUAACAGUAACAAUUUUUAUAUUAACGACUGGAAAAUUUUCUAAUUUUCCAAUUUUAUUCUAUACUGUAUAAUAAUGAAAUUUGUUGUUGUCUACAAAUUAUAAGAAAUAGAAAAAUAAUUAAUAUGCAUAUUGGAGACGAAAGUUAUGAAUCAAUAGAUACCCUCAAUUACUAAAAACAUUUUAUAAUUCUAAAUACAUACAAGGUACAAGUACAGACAAUGUGCACAAACAUUGUGUAAGUACAUCUCGUGUGUGGUACGAGAUAAACCUGACAUGCAAUGCUUUCUCGUAUAUACUCAUAUUGUGGAUGAUCGAAUGGGCUAUCUUAUCAUUAUCGUGUUAUAUACGACGUUAUCGAUUUAAUAUUAUUGGAAACAUAUUCGAAACUAUUGAUACAUGACCAUCUGUAUGUAAUUUUAGGUCAAUGUCAGUAUACACAUUGACUAAGUAUCUUGUCGGUGGUAUGCAUUAUGUACCAUUCUUUUUAGCUACAUCAGGUAAUAAAGGAACGGCAACAUAAUUUUACAGUUUCAGUAGACAAAUUUCGGGCAACGCAACGCUACAUACUGAAAGGUGAUCAUUUUGUAAACGCAACACUAACGAGAAGAUGUAAUUACAUUAAUCGCGAUAGGAAAAUAUUGCAACAUUAGUUCUUAAGUUGAAUUCAAUAAAGAUAAUUAUCGUUAUCUUUAUAAAAAGCUACUUUUAAUAUUCGUGACAGCAAGCAUCAGAUCGCAGCAUCACAAAUUUUAUUAAAAAUCAACGUCUUUAAUUAAACAUUGAAUAGAAGGAGACACAACAAAUUCUAAUAAUAUUUUUUAGAUUAUAAUACAAAAUUCGAACAAAAACAAUCACGAUAAAUCUCAUAAAUCGCAACACUAAUCCAAACCGAAAUCAGUGCUUUUUCGUAACUCUAAUUAAAACAGAAAUUAAUUCCGAGCGCGGUAUUUCGAUCACUUCCCAAUUUUAACUUAAACCGCAAUUAAUCACUCGCAUAACUAAUAAAACAACCACGAUUUGCCCAGUGGGAUGGUGAGCCGGGAUGUUUAUAGGCCAAGAUACAAACUACUAUUAUUACUACUACUACUACUACUACUACUACUACUACUACUACUACUAGUACUAGUACUACUACUACUACUACUACUACUACUACUACUACUACUACUAGUACUACUACUAUUACUAC